AUGAAGUCACUUUUUUCUCAGCUCUUGAAUCUCAAUAAUCGUCACCCAAAAUGCAUCGAGCAUCAUGAAGGAAUUCUCCACGCGAUUCACAAUGAUCUCCAGACGUCAAUUCUCAUCGAUUCAGAAGUCGGAAUAACAAGCUCAACAACUCAGAAUAUUCUUGCUUAUGUUUCUUAUCAACUUGGCUAUAUAUCGAGUUCGCUUAAAAUACUCGAGAAGAUUCUUCAAAAAUCCUCUGAAAAUUGUACCGCCUUGCUGAGUCUUUCGUACAUCUAUGCUCAGUAA